AUGCCCCCGGUCCCUCUGCCAAGGGCAUCAUUAGUGCCUAGGCCCACCAGAGCCCCCCAGGAAGCUCAGAAUGGAGCAGCGACGGCCACCUCUAAAGCAGGAAGGAGUUCCUCUCUUUCCUCUGUACCCCUCACGGGAAGCAGCUCAGCUGCUGAGGAUGGGGCCUACACCGUGCGCCCCAGCUCAGGACCUCGUGGCCCCCAGCCCUUCACCCUGGCAGUGCUCCUCCACGGCCGGGUUUUCAACGUUCCCAUCCGGCGGGUGCACGAUGGGCUCUAUGCCCUGGGCCGGGAGGGCAGGAACCACGAGGAGCGCUUCUCCUCCGUGGCUGCCAUGGUCCAGCACUACACGCAGCACACCUUGCCCCUCGUGGACAGACACAGUGGCAGGCGGCAACUCACCUGUCUGCUCUUCCCCACCAAGCCCUGA